AUGUUGACCAUUUCUCAUGAUAGAGUAGAAGGGUUGAAGGAGGUUAAAGAUGGAGUGAAGAGUCAUUUUGAGAACUUUUUUAAAGAAGAUGGUGGAUUUAGACCUACUCUUGAGAGUUUAGAGUUUGAUUCUUUUUCAGAUUCUAAUAGGCACAUGCUUGAAGAACCUUUCUCAAAGAAGGAAAUCAAAAAAAUGGUGUGGAGGAUGAUUCUCUCCAAUUUAUUGGCUCUUAGGUUGAGGAAAGUUGUUGGAAGGCUAGUGUCCACAAACCAAUAUGCUUUUAUUUCAAGAAGGAGUGUUAUGGAUGGUGUUCUGAUGGUGAACAAAGUUUUAGACAUGGCUAACAGAGAUAGAAGAAGUUUCUUGGCUGUGAAGGUAUACUAUGAGAAUGCUUAUGAUAUUGUGAAUUGGAAUUAUAUUGGGUUUAUCCUCAAAAGAAUGAGGUUUAGGGUGAAGUGGAAUCAAUGGAUGGAGGCGUGUAUAUUCAACUGUACAAUGCAAGUUAUUGUUAAUGGUAGUGUCACUAGAGAUUACAAAGUUGAGAAGGGGUUGAGGCAGGGGGUCCUCUAUCCCUUUUUUGUUUGUCUUGGUUAUGGAGGGCCUUCCUAG